AUGGCCUCAACUCCGGCCCGCGUGCUACUCGUAGCAUUCUUCGCGGCACUGGUGGCCCUUGCCUACUCGGACGACGAUAAGGAUUAUGAGCGCUUCAAAUCCUUGCUGAUUGGGUCCAACGAGGUUCCAAAGAAUAACAGUGAAGCUGCCAGGAAUGCUGUCGGCGACAAACGCGGCAUGGUCCACUUGAAGCUUAAGAUCUAUAAGGAGGAUGGCAAUCCUACGUGGCUGGAGUAUUCGGUGAAAGCGUUGAAGCUGGAAGGAGAGAUGCCGCCAACCAAGACGCACAUACACCCGGGGAACAAGGGGCAGAACAACCCCGUGCUUUUGGACCUGCCAUGCUCGUACGAGAGGAAGAGCCGCACCGACUGGCGUUGCAAGGGCUCCCUUGGGAAGAACGAGCACGAGCGCACCAACGACCUGGUGUCAGCGCUUAAAGAUAUCUCCAAGAGUCCGAAGGGGCACUACGGGAAUAUUCACACGAAGAAGUAUCCUGAUGGCGCCGUGCGUGGUCAGCUUUCCAACGGCUAA